GUCCGUUUACAGUCACGUUACGUGAAAUCUGCACACUAAGCAAGUAGAAUCCAUUUGACGUCGUGAUGGAGAGGCGACAAGGAAGGAGAGGCGGGAGGGGAGGAGGGGGAGGAGGGGCAGGAGAGGGGAGCGGAGGAGGAGGAGGUGGAGGUGGUGGAGGUGAGGGAGGAGGAGGAAAAGGCGGAGCUGUGCGGAGUAAGGCAUCUUGGUCCUCUUGUUUUUGUUGCCUGGAUAAUGGAGAAUGGGAGAAGAGGAAGAAGAAGAGGGACACGCGAUCACGCAGGCGGAGAUCGAGGAGAAGGUACGACAGAGAAGUGUCAGACCUUGGGAGCUUGUUGUACAAGGCGUCCAUGUCUAACAGCGGGCGGACAGCAAGCAGCGGGUCGUCCUCAGACGUGCGAUCGCGCGCGCAGAAAGGGGAGUUGGGACGGAGCGGUAGUCGCGGAAGCGGGCGCAGGCGCGAUGCGCGCUUGGCAGGCGGUUGGGACUCGCGCUCCCUACAUGCCGUGAAGCAGCUGCACGAGACGUUGCGGGACAUGCCGGUAGGGGAACGCGACCGUUUGCUGAGGGAGGACCUUCUGUUGUUGUCACCUAUCAUUAACGAACUGUGUCCAAAAUUGCCAGAGACACACUACACAUUUGUGCUUCCGUAUGCUGACGACGUCGAUGUGAGUGCGAACCGCUACGUGGGAGGGCUACUUGAUAGCAUAAAGAGGAGACAGAAACCACCGAGGUGGCCAGUUCAAUCCGCACACUCUGGAAACAAUCAAGAUAAGGCAAGUGACCCUUUUCGGGUUCCGAGUGAAUAUCGGAGAAUUCUGGCUAGAAAAAACAAUGGCAUCAUUCUAGAACCUCCUCGCUUUGUGAGGCGGCUUGUUGAGAAGCCUUUGCCCAAGGAUUAUGCUCAGUAUGCCAUAGCUCAGCCCAAGAUGACAAUGGUUGCGACAAGCAUGCUCCGCAUCAUGUGCGAGCUUCGUCUUCUGAAGCUCAAUCCGUUACCUGGGAUCUCGGCUGGUCCAGUGGAGGAAGACAAUCUGUAUAAAUGGCGUGCGGUGUUUGAAGGCCCAGCUGGAACACCCUGGGCUGGUGGAAGGUAUAUACUGGACAUAGAAAUUCCUGAAGGUUAUCCAAGGAAGCCCCCAAGUCAGUUGAGGUUCAUCUCCCGGAUGUUUCAUCCAAAUAUAGACCCCCGUGGGGUUCCGUGCAUUGACCUCAUGGAGUCGCAUGCUGGGACCAGAGGAGAUGCUCAAGACGGUUCCUUGUGGCGAUCCAGUUCUGCAACGGUACAUUCUGAUGAGACACCUUUGUCAUUGUCGACGGCUGCAUCCAGCCCGGCCGCUUCAACCCCGUUCAGAGAAACUGGGACAAGCAUAGGAGAAAGGGAAGGACAGUUGUCGGCAUUUGACAUUCGAGGUCAGGGUGCCGGGACGCGAAGAGAAUCAGCAGCCCUUAGUCAGAGAGGGGAUGAUUCUGAUCAUCAUCAACAGAAUCUCUCAAGCGCAAGUGGUGCCAGCGGCACCGUUACCCCGAAGGCAUCAGCGGCCGAUGCUCGCGGAGAAUUUCUGCAACCAGGUACGUCUGACCUUGCGAACUUGCCAACAUGUCAUUCUGCCGCAACUCAAGAAUCGUCCCACAUGUUUGUAUCGUCAGCUCACGACUCAACGCCAGGAUUGUCGCCGCAUAGCGGUGGCCGAGGGGCCAGUUGUUUGCCUCUGCCAUUGCUGCCACCGCCAGCAGAACGCCAUAGCCGGCGAAAGGAGGUCCCAACAGUGAUGGGAUCCAUUGGAACAGUGUCUGAUCGGGGCAUGUUGCAGGCGGCUGCGACAGAGGCGGAGGAAGACACAUGGGACGUGGAUUCAUCGCACGCUUCCCCUACUUCUCAAUCUCCACUGCAGACACCCUCAUUUACUCCCUGUUCAUCACCACCCGAAAGCCUCUUCCGCCACAGGGAUUGUGAAGGUUCAAUGACCCCUGAUCAUGCUUGGGUUAGCGCAUCUGGGCCUAAUGCAUCCAGCUCUACUCUGGAAGAGACCAUGGCGGUCAGGUUUAUGGACGGUGGAGGACUGGCGACAGUCCCAAAAAUGGCAUCCACCGCCCCAUUGAUGCAACCGGAAGUGCUGACAACCUCCUGGGUGGUGGGAAGAGGGGGAGCCCGACAGGUCGGUCAGGUUAAUUUCAAGACUUGUGCACUGGGAGUGGUCCCCACCACCCACAUUGUCCAGAUUAUGAAGUCCCGGGCCGGUUUAAGCUCGACGGUACAGAUGCCUUCGGCCACCAACAGGAAGCCCGAGAGUAUCAAAUCAGAUGUCGGAAAAGCGCAUGCGGCGGCCGGUCGGGAGAGAGCUCCGACUGGGAGAGGAGGAGAAAGCAGGGUUGCCAAACUUGUGAAAGAGAAUGGAAGCAGUGCGAGAAGUCGGGACUGGAUGGCAGGACAAGGUCAACUGUGUCCUGGCCCAGAAUUUGCAAAGCAAGGACCCGCAAGUCAGCAGAAACAGCAGGCAACAAGCGUCGAUGGUCGUUGCAGGGAUGUAGAUAUCUCCAGUGGUCCUAAUCAUGCACUCCUACGGGGAGGUGAGCUUGCUCAUCGGACGGCUGUUAGUAGUCCCCUGUUGCCAAUGCAGAGAGAGCCUAGCAGUCAGGCAAACCUGCGCAUCCCUCUGGUGCGAAAUGGGGAGCUGGACGAGAGCAACGGCAGAGCUGAGGACCGCCACCCUCUUCCUAGCCCAUUGCGCUCAUCCGUUUCUCCUCUGAUGGCUGCACGGGCAGCGCAACCAUCAGUGCAGGCAUCAGAUGUGGCAGCGUCUGUGAACAGCCUUGACAAUGCGAGCACUGAUCGUGCUGACGUUGCGGCCGACAACAUCCGCUUGACGCCGUGCCCAUCUGGUCGGUUGUCGACUGAUAGCGUUAGCCUAGCGAAUGCCGCGGCCGACGCGCAUAGAGAAUGGACCGGUUGCUGCAGUCUGACAUCAAUCUUAGUAAGUGUACAGAUGCUUUUCUGGGAAGCCACUCCAGAAAAUGCUGUCAACACAGCUGCGGCGUCGGUCUACCAGAACAGCCAACUUGAGUGGGCUGGGAUCGUUCGUCAAUGUGCUGCAGAGAGCCUUCGGGUCCGCGAAAGCGGCCACAGUUUGGGAGUUUCCUGUGGAGACCCCUUACUGUGAUUGGUAAUCUGCCACCACUCACAAUUUGGAGUGGUGGUUGGUUCGGCCUUAUUACACUUGGAGGAAGAAAACCCUUUUGGGGUAUGAUCGUUUCGCUUGCUGAAAGUGGUGGUAUGGGGUACGAUUGUUUCUCUCUCUGAAAGUGGUAUGGGCUCUCUGUUCUUCAUAGUUUCUCCUUGUUAUUCCUGUCCUCUUCUCAUCACCCUUGCACAUACCCCUUGUCCUUUUUUUUUUUUUUUUUUUUUGGUCGUUCUUUUCUUCGGAGGUGAGUGCCAAUCGUUCUGCCUUUUCCUGUUUGUGCGUAAUACUGCGUAUGCAUUAGGGACUUCACACCAUUCUCGCGUUCUGUUUUUUUCUGUUGCUUAAUCGCCGUAUCUGUCCUCGCAUGGAGAGGGAGAAGGACCAGCAUCCAGUAGAGGAAAAUUCCAUCUUGGAAUCUCUAUGCAGUGUUUGUGCAGCGCUUUCCAGUAGAGGAUUGCAAUGGGAUCUCUAUGCAGCGUAUGUGCAGGGCGUACGUGCAGGGCUUUCCAGUAGGGGAAUUCCAGUAGGGGAAUGCCCAUCACAGGUUUGUAAAGAAAAGGUAAGGUGUAUGUUAUGACGUGUCAGAAAAUCGCGUUUGAUCUGUCUUUUUUCCGAUUGAUUGGCGAGAAAAGGUGUCUUUUUUCCGAUUGAUUGGCGAGAAAGGGGAGCCUGCGGAAGAUGGCCACUGCUUCUCUGAAAAGAGUUGGCGGUUGAGAAAUGCGUCUUUGGCAUGUGUUCAUUUCCAUGUGUAGACCGAAUAGAUUUCAAAAUUUGUUGUACAUAUGUUUAAUUUUUUAUAGCUUGUGAUGCUGUUGUAACUUCUAUGAUUUUAUCCCAUAACCCCUUUAUCUUUUUUUUGUCUAUGCUACAAUACUCUGUGGUGCUAACCAGAGACUUGAAGGUGAAUGCUCCUAGGAACACACAGGCAGGCAGCUCAUGUGUGCUGAUGGUAGCGUUUGCCGUCUUAUGGUGUAAAAGGUUGUGCCAAAAACGAUAUAGCAGUUUGUCACAGCCCCUCGUUUGUUGUCCUCUUCUCCCUCUCUGCCUACGGUUUACCGGGCAGUUCUAUUUGACG